GCCAGUGUAACACUUAUACUGUCAGCUGGGUCUAAAAGUAGGAUUUUAUUCAUAGCGGAGUGUUAGUUAAUGGUGGAACUAUAAGUAUUACCUACUACGCCCAACACGUGUACAAGAGACAGAGCAUAAACACACUCGUAAAGAAACAAUCAAUUAACAAUACCUUUGUUAUGGCUAACUGUAUGGAAAUCCGUUGCAUGGAGGCCCCAAAACCUUUAUGUUACAAAGGCCAGUGUUAUAAGAAAUGUCCAACUUCCACAUUCGCAAACAGCAGUGUAUGCAUCUCGGGUGAAGACUGCCACAAGGCUGGCUGGAUGACAUGGAACAACACAUGCAUAAAGGAUUGCCCGUCAACUUCACCCUUUCACAAUCCAGGUCUGGUGAACAACACUGACUGCAUCGACGAAGAGCAAUGCUGGGGCGCUGGUCGGGUUAUCUACAACAACAAAUGCUUAAAAGAUUGCCCAUUUGGGACGGGAAACUAUCCUUUAGAACAGAACAGAUAUUGUCUGAUUUUCGAGACGGAGGCCUAUAUUGCAGGAGUGUCAGCUUUCUGUCUGCUCUUCGUUACCCUAUCUUGCAUCUGUUUAUUGCAUAAUCCCAAGAAGACGAGGACAAGGAUUGAACAGCCAGCGGAAGACUUAGAGCAAUUACUUCAUCAAGAUCCUGACCAGACGACCGUGAUGAGAGGUGCGCGAUCUGCCCUAGAGUCGAGCAGUGGACGACAACCAAUAAACCACGCUGAUACACACCUCAAGGAAGUGGCUGGAUGGGAACAGCCAAUCGAUGGUCAUGAUACAUCCGUCAAGAUGAUUCGGUCGUGCGAUGACGACAGUGAAGAUUUCGUGUCAGGUCGUCCCUACGUAGCUGGCUGUAUUGAACAGACUGACGACAAUGAAGAUUUCGUGUCAGGUCGUCCCUACCUAGCAGGCCAUAUUGAACAGUUUGACGACUUUGAAGACUUCGUGUCAAGUCGUCCCAAGCAAGCUAACCGUAUUGGACAGAAUGACGACAGUGAAGAGUUCGUGCCAAGUCUUCCCUACCUAGUUGGCCGUGUUGAACCCAAUGCCAAGUCGUCCCUACCUAGCUGGUCGUGCUGAACAGUUUCGCCGCGAGGAAGAUGAACUGUCAGCAAUUCCAACUGUCUUAGCAAUAAAUCGUUUCAUGGGUUGAUCUUUAUUUGGUGGAAUUAAUGGCAGUUCGUACGGUGAUACAACUGAAACGCAUUUUGUAAAGAAAAAGCCUACGGGAGGAUUGGAAAGGCAAGUAAUAUUGAUGAAAGAAGAGGAGGAUCAUAUAAGACAUAAUGUUACCAAAUUCAGAUGUUUGAUAUUCUAUAUUUCACGACACGACAGACUGCCCAUACUGUCAUAGCAAUAACUUUCCGUUUGAGUGUAAAGGACAACAAUAAGAUAAAGUCCAAGAAAGAUCUUAUAGCUAAUCAUGGCGCAUAGAUACAAGGAAGAUUGUGAGCCACUUCUAUCUACUCCCAGCACUCUUUGUAGUUCCUAUGAGAGCCCCACACCUGGGACACCGCCACAGUUUGUUAGGAAUUUAACCAAGGCGUUGCCAGAAGGGAAAACACACCACCUGUUCUUCUCUCACAGUUCUGACGACCAGCAAUGGGUUCUGGAGUGGGUCGAGCUACUGGAACAAGACUAUGGGAUAAAGUGUCUGUGGCCUCCGAGAGAUUUCACUCCUGGGAGGCCGAUUCUGUCUCUUAUUGAAGAUGGAAUGUCACGUGCUAUGAAAAUAGUUCUUGUUUUGUCUCCAGAAUACAUCGACAGUGGCUGGUGUAUCUACGAAAGACGUCUAGCGUUUGAUAUGUCUGUCCAAGAGAGACGGGACUGCAUCAUUCCAGUGAUACUUAAACCCUGCCCCGUGCCAGACAUGCUGAGAACCGUCAACUACAUCGACGUCACCAAGGGAGAGAAUGCUGUUUGCAAGAUUAAAGACGCACUGUACAAAAAAUGUGAACUUAAGGACAAUCUGCCAAACGCCGGUCUUCAGUACCACCAACAAGAUAAAAAAGGAAUGAAAAUAUCAGUGUCUGCUGAAAAAGAAAACUCUUCUUCAGUGCGAGGGACAGCCUGGUACUUUAAAAGUCUAUCGACCUAUCAAGACCAGCUGUUAAGGAAAAUGGGAUCAAAGAUUUCGAGAGAGGGGCACGAUCUUACAGUGACGGAGUUAAACUCUUUGUUUUAUAUGAGGAUCUUUGGGCUGGUGAAACGCACCGCUACUCUCUACUGGUUCAGUUUGUUCUUCUUCUUGGGAAUCUGUUCCUUCAGCUUGUUAGCGGGUUGUUUAAUGUCGAUGUUUCACGUGUAUGUCACACACUGGCUAGCUCUCAUCCUGGUACCUCUGUUGGUGAUUAUUCCUAUUUGCACGGUCAUGUACAUCCCACUGAACAUGCUGAUUCGGAGGAAAAUCAAGCAACUGGGAAUCAGAAGAGCUCGGCAGAUCGUGAAGGCAACAUCUCUGGAAUGGUUUCAACAGGCCAAACUUUUACUUUAUUUCAACGAAGAGUCAGUUCCUACUUUACUAUUCAUGUACUACGACACAGAUGCCUGUCAGCUUUAUCUAAGAGACUGCUUCCUCAGACUGUACAGUGCUAAUGCAGAGAAUUCCGAAAAAGAGGCUCUUGCCAGACGUGUGGCAGACCAUCACAUCAGACUGUUUCUAAGCAACCAGUACGACCGAAUUUUACAGUGGAACGACUUGGACGAAUCGAUUCAUGAACGUCAUGCCACCGUGAUGAGGAAAAAAUGUCUGUGUGAGAUGAUAGAAGAAGAUUUGUGGCCAAAAUAGAUGAUAUGAUACCAAUUUCAGAGACAGCUGGAUUUGACAAACGAGAUGCUAUGAUUCAGCAGCUAUUGUGUUUGAAGUGGUGCAUUCCUGAGUAUAAUGAAUGGAGUGCCCAUUCUAAUUUCAUUCUCUGAACUGGCGAUAUUAUUUUAAUGUAUACACAUCAGUGUAAGAUAUUGCUCGUCACGACAAUCACUCAAUAUCUAACUACUGUAAUAUUGGCGUGAUGUAGAUCAUUUGCUGACCCAAU